GCUGCCAGUGUCCUUAUGCGUGUCUCUAAACGUCCUGCUCCGUUGUCCAGGUGGCUGGUGAUUGCCGUGGGCCUAGUCCGGGCGUACAUAGCCAGAGGAAGCUACCAUGGUCUGUACUAUUCCAUAGAGAAACCUCUCAAGUUCUUUCAGACCGGCGCUCUUCUGGAGAUACUUCACUGUGCCGUCGGAAUCGUACCAUCCUCCGUGGUCCUGACUGGGUUCCAGGUCAUGUCACGAGUCUUUCUCACCUGGGCUGUCACACACAGUGUCAGAGAGGUCCAGAGUGAGGACAGCGUCCUGUUGUUCGUCACUGCAUGGACCGUCACGGAGAUCAUCCGCUACUCCUUCUACACCUUCAGUCUGCUCAACCAUCUGCCCUUCCUCAUCAAAUGGGCCAGAUACACCUUCUUUUUCGUCCUCUAUCCUAUGGGAGUGACCGGUGAGCUGCUGACCAUCUAUGCAUCUCUGCCGUUCAUUCAGAAGACAGGCCUGUACUCUGUCACUCUACCCAACAAGUACAACUUCUCCUUUGAUUACUACACCUUCCUCAUCCUGGUCAUGCUCUCCUACAUCCCCAUUUUCCCUCAACUCUACUUCCACAUGAUUCGACAGAGGAAGAAGGUUCUAGGCCACAUAGAGGACUACAGUAAAGUGGAGUGAUCUGAACUCAGUUGUUCAGACAUGUGCACAAAGGAAACUAAAAAAAAGAAAAGAAAUAAAACCAAACGCAAGAAAAGGGAGAAACGCAAACAUGUCUGACUACUGGACGAACACAGAAACCAGUAUUUUAGAACAGCCCGGUAGACGAUCCCUGGUGUACGAAGAUCCCAAACAAACUGGUGACUGUGUUUAAUGUUUUCUGUUAUUGUUAAAGACAAAGAGGAGGAGCAGAAGAGGAGCAACUGAGAUUAGUAGCAGUCAAAUGAUGCACUGGUGGAUUUUUUUAGAAAUUGUUUUCCUGUAAAGUCCAUAAUGUGAAGCUGACAACACCUUUUGGAUGGUAUACAGUAUACAUUUUUCAUUUCAGGCCAAAGUUUGAUGACAUUCCAGAUUCAGUUCAAUAAAGAGUCUUUAUUUUGUGCUUGC